AUUUAUUGUUCGGGCGUAAUUAGAAAGCAAUAAUUAAGCGUAAUUUUUACGUGUAACCAACAACAACACAGCACACAAUUGCAUGUGCAGUACGUACAAUUGUAAGGCAUCGCGCGUCCAUUUACUAUUGCCAUUUAAAGUGCUUAAAACUACGUCGCCAUUUUUCAACAAGGCCCGAAUCGACACACACACAAAAGAAAACCAGAGUCAGAGCUGAAAAGAGAAAAAACUGUGCGUGGUUGCGUGUGUUUGUUUGUGUCUGCUGUGUGUGGUUACGUCUAUGAAUUUUUUAUACAUACCCAUAGGUAUAUAUAAUAAAUACCAACCCGCAGCAGCAGUUAUAGUUAUAGUAAUUUAAUCGCCGACAUUAGCAUAGUGUGUAAUAAUAAUCAAGAACCACUGAUUACCAACCACCGCCAUAUAACAAACGCAACAGCGACGACAGUAGUAGUUAUCGACGUGGACGAUAACACCAAAAAGGAACAGCAUAAGUUAAAGAGCGAAGAGCUGCAUCUUUAACGGGAUACUGGCACAAUAAGAAGCACAACUGUGAUUUAAUCAUACAACAACAGAAUACAAUGGCCAAAACGUACGACUACCUGUUUAAAUUGUUGCUGAUCGGUGACUCGGGAGUUGGCAAAACAUGCAUACUGUUUCGAUUCUCAGAGGAUGCUUUCAACACGACGUUUAUAUCUACAAUAGGUAUCGAUUUUAAAAUUAGAACGAUUGAAUUGGAUAACAAGAAAAUCAAAUUGCAAAUAUGGGACACUGCUGGCCAGGAGCGCUUUCGGACGAUCACUACGGCAUAUUACAGAGGUGCCAUGGGGAUAAUGCUGGUGUAUGACAUUACACAGGAGAAAUCCUUUGAGAACAUCAAAAAUUGGAUUCGAAAUAUCGAAGAGAAUGCCGCCGCCGAUGUUGAGAAAAUGCUACUGGGCAAUAAAUGCGAACUGAACGAUAAGCGACAGGUUUCAAAGGAACGUGGGGAACAACUGGCCAUUGAGUAUGGCAUCAAAUUCAUGGAGACCUCCGCGAAAGCAAGCAUUAAUGUUGAAGAAGCUUUCCUCACGCUCGCCAGUGAUAUCAAAGCGAAAACGGAAAAGCGAAUGGAGGCGAACAACCCACCCAAGGGCGGUCAUCAGCUGAAACUAACAGAGAUUCGAACAAAGGACAGUUGGCUGUCCAGGUGCAGUCUGCUUUGACGUGGCAAUGUGCGUGUGGCACUGAUGCGGUAUGGUGGUAAUGAUUAUGAUAAUGUAUGUGGUAGUAGUUUUCUUAACUCCUGUUAAGUCCCAACAACCAAGCGAGCAAACACCCCUGAAUAUGCAAGAUAAUGAAAUAAUAUAUAAUUAUAAUAAUAUAAAAAAGUUCAGUUAUAAAAUUGUAUAUGCAAUCGAGACAUGUCUACAAGGUGUACGAAAUAUGCAUAUAUUUAUACAUAUAUACAUUCAAUAUUCAUUUAAUGUUAAAAACAAAAUAACACACACGUCAACAUUGUGAAUUGCGAAAACUGAAUAUGAACGAAAAGAAACCAUACAACCCGCCCAGCCCUGCCCUCCGCUCCGUUCCAUUACAGAGUUUUCUAUUUUCAUUUUUAAUGUAUAAUUUAUAAAUUUUCUGUAGCAAGAAAUUAGCAGCCAUGGUUGUUCACGAUUUGUAAACCAAUGACAAAAUAAUGAAUUAGAAAAUAAAUAUAUGUAUUUAUAUUUUA